UUUAGAAGCAGUGAAAUUUGAUCUUAGAUCAGUUUUGAGUUAAUAUGGUGAACUUCAGCUCUAGUUUUCCACUGGAGUCGUGUUACAGUGAUAACGGCGACUGAUAGACAUGGCGUGGUGGUCUCCAAACACUGUUGCUCGUUCUUCUCCAGGAAACAGCUGCUGUUCUUCCUGAAUUUGCUCUUUUGCUAAACAUCUGACGUUUCUGGAAUCGUCCGUUUUGUAUCUGAUCAAAGACUCUGUAUUGUCGUUUCUCCGCUGUGUAGCAUGAAAUGGUUCCAGAAGAAAACACAUGUGAUGGAUCCCAUGGCCGUAAGCACGUCCGCGACGGGUCAGGAUGAGUUUGACCGGAAUGCGCCGCGAAUCUGCGGUGUGUGUGGCGACAAAGCCACCGGAUUCCACUUCAACGCCAUGACCUGUGAGGGCUGCAAGGGAUUCUUCAGGCGCAGUAUGAAGCGUAAGGCAAGCUUUACCUGCCCGUUCAAUGGGAACUGCACCAUCACCAAAGACAACCGGCGUCACUGUCAGGCGUGUCGUCUGAAACGCUGCGUGGACAUCGGCAUGAUGAAAGAAUUCAUUCUGACGGAUGAGGAGGUGCAGAGGAAGAAGGAUCUGAUCCUGAAGCGUAAGGAGGAGGAGGCGGCGCGGGAGGCGCGGAAACCUCGACUGAACGAUGAGCAGAUGCAGAUCAUCAGCACGCUGGUGGAGGCGCAUCACAAGACUUACGACGACUCGUACUCCGACUUCGUCCGAUUCAGGCCUCCAGUCAGAGAGGGUCCAGUGACUCGCAGUGCUAGUCGAGCAGCGUCUCUUCAUUCUCUCUCUGACGCUUCAUCAGAUUCAUUUAACCAUUCACCAGAAUCUGUGGACACUAAGCUGAAUUUCAGUAAUCUAUUGAUGAUGUAUCAGGACAGCACGGGCAGUCCAGACUCCAGCGAAGAAGACAACUCACGUCUGUCCAUGUUACCGCACCUCGCCGACCUCGUCAGCUACAGCAUUCAGAAAGUCAUCGGAUUCGCCAAGAUGAUCCCUGGAUUCAGGGAUUUGACAGCAGAAGAUCAGAUCGCUCUGUUAAAGUCCAGCGCUAUCGAGAUCAUCAUGUUGCGUUCGAAUCAGUCGUUCAGUCUGGAGGACAUGAGCUGGAGCUGUGGUGGACCAGACUUCAAAUACUGCGUUAAUGAUGUCACCAAGGCGGGACACACUCUGGAGCUGUUGGAGCCGCUGGUUAAGUUUCAAGUGGGUUUGAAGAAACUCAACCUGCAUGAACAGGAACAUGUGUUGCUGAUGGCCAUCUGCCUGCUGUCACCAGAUCGGCCGGGCGUUCAGGACCACGCACGUAUCGAGGCUCUACAGGACCGUCUGUGCGACGUUCUGCAGGCAUAUAUCCGGAUCAACCACGCGGGCGGGCGACUCCUGUAUGCCAAGAUGAUCCAAAAGCUCGCGGAUCUGCGCAGCCUGAACGAGGAGCACUCUAAGCAGUACCGCUCUCUGUCGUUCCAGCCCGAACACAGCAUGCAGCUCACGCCCCUUGUGCUGGAAGUGUUCGGCAGUGAGGUCUCCUAGCAUCCAAAAGCCCCCCGCAACACUCCGGACCCCGGUGCCCACGGCAGCUGCGCCGAGAAGGCCACACACACAUGCUCUGCGCGUUAGAGCAGAAGUGUAUCAAGCCGGAGGUGGAGAGCGUCUCGAUUCACACUACGGGGGGCUGUAGGGAUACGUGUGUGUGUGUGUGUGUGUGUGUGUGUGUGUGUGUGUGUGUGUGUGUGUGCGCGUGUGUGUGUGUGUGUGUGCGCGUGCGUGAGAGUGGGUGGUGCAUAGUUCUGAAUAUUGUUUCAGAAUUCCUGCUUCUAAGCUAUAAAGGGAAUUCUGAAAGGAAUGUAUUAAUAAUGUAUGAAUAGAAUAAUACAUAUAAACUAAUAUUUAUAUUUAAGAAAGAGUUGGUAUGUAUUAAAUGAAAACAUAUGGCCAGGUCGAUCCUCUGUUGUAAUAGGAUUAGCAGGCUCCUUUAGUAUAUGUGUAAGAGUGUGUGUGUGUGUGUGUGUGUGUGUGUGUGUGUGUGUGUGUGUGUGUGUGUGUGCGCAUUAGUGGUUGACUGAUACUGAUAUUUAGAGAGCAGGAUGGCUGAUGGUUGAUAUAAUGCCGAUAUAUUCAUAAAACAAUUUAAUGACAGCCAAUGACAUGUAAACAAAAAUGUCUUUGUUCCAAAACCUGGUGAGCUACAUAGGAAACUUUUCAGGUAUCAUGGGUAGAGAUCGACCGAUAUUGGAUUUUAGCAAAACAAUAACUAAGCUGGGGGAAAGGAUUAAGCCGGUAUUAUUUAUAAACAAAAAACGUUUUUCUUUUCUCUUGGGACACCAUCAGUCAAAAUCAACAUGAACAUUAACAUGAAAUUAUGAAUAACUUGUAUCUACUUAACAAAAACUAUUUGUGUUCAUUUUUCCUAAUAACCGAUAGCUCCAAAAAGCAACUAUCGGCACCGAUUAAUCGGUAAAACCGAUAUAUCGUCGACCUCUAAUCAUAGGCAUGUUCCUGACACGAAGGCUGUUCUGAAAAGGCAAUCGGCAUGAUUUUGCUACCUUCUAAGAUUACUUCUUUUUACCAUAUACUAAGGCAGCGUCAUAUGUAUCCUUUACGCAGAAGUCAAUCCAAGAAUGCGUUACGACAAACUCGCUGAAAAAAAUCCAUCCAAGAUGGUGGACGAAGCAAGAGAAAUGUCGAUUAAAAAUAUACUCAUAAUCCAUUGAAUACGAAAAAAAAUUGUUCAACAGAAUUAAUAAUAGGUUUACUCAAUAUUUGUGUUAUGUAUUUUUAUGCUUAUUAGAGUAUCACGUUGUUAGCUUAGCAACAUGCUAAUGCUAUAUGUAAACUCUAUUUUAAUCAAUUGUGAGUCAAGUUUCCGGCAUGCUUCACAAUAAAAGUUGCUGCCUACAUCGAGUGUUCCAAAUCAGGUAAUUUUGAGGUCCAUUAUAGUUAGAAUACUGCCUUAGAAGGCAGCUGUCUAUGUAGGUAGUAGACAGCAAGGCAGCUCACUAGGUUUUGGAACAGAGUUUACAUUUACUCAAAAUUCACUCAAACGUAUAAAAACUAAAAAUGUGCUUUAUUCGUUGACAAAUAGGUCAGUAGAUUGUGGAAUUUACUAGUGAAAUACCACUACUGUCAAUCGGCUAUUGCAGUAUAAUGCAGAUAUUCUCAAAAUUACCAAAUAUUGGCAAACCAAAUGGCCUGACCGCUAUAUCAGUCUUUCACUAGUAUUCAUGCUCAUAUAUCAAAAUAUGCAUUUGAGACAUACGCUACACACACCCUCACAUACAUUAUAACGAGAGAAGGGGUCCUGACCUGUUGGUCUGAUGUCUGUAUAGAUUGGAUCUUAGAUGACCACAAAAGAGCCGAAAUACAGGAACCGUCCCCUGAGUUUGGCCCGAAUUUUUCUAGCUUUAUUUAGCAUUAAUAACAAGGCUAUCUGGCUGCUUCAACCACAGAUUAAAGCUUGGCUCUGGACUAAUAACUUGGUACUAGAUCUUUAGUGGAGAUGUACUGUAAUUUAGUCCAAGGCUAGGCAUUACUGAACUCUCAGAGAAAUCAGAUCUUCACAUGCAAUAAUUGUUUGUGUCCCAGUCCAUGUAGAGUAUAGAGCAACACUCAAGUGCUCAGGACCUGUAUUUGAUGAGUUUGGUAAUCCUCGACUUUGGUCGGUUGUUUUUAUUUUGUCAUUCACUCAUCAAACCAGAAGUCUCCAUAUGAUCACCUUAUUUGUCCUGUCAUGUUAAGGAAACAAACAUUCAGUCCCAUUCAGGAAACACGAGCAGAACAAAUUUUGCAGUUUAAAACCAUCAGUUGUCUACUGAAACAUAUUACAUAAGAGUAAAGGAUUUGAGAAUGGGAUUUACACCAAAAUUUGUUCUACCAAUGUUUUUACGACAAUUUACGCAAGAAUGGUUUCCUAAACGAGGCCCAAUUUAGUCCCUCAUUCCAGUAGGUUCCAUGUUUCUCUUUCGUGGUCAUAAGCUGUAAAUACCACUCGUAGUAUUUCUGUAAAUAUAUCUAAUGAAAAGAAUAGGCUAAUACUAAGUCAAUCCGCUGAAAAGAAGCUUGGGAGAAAUAUGCAAAUAUGAUAUUUUCCUAUGUUUUGAUGUCUUUUACUCUCAGAUGAGAUAAUAAGCUUUUACAACUGUAUCUAUCCCUGAUGCUUUUAGGUGCAAUUUCCACAUUGAAUUGUAUUGUUAUAUUGAUUAUCAUGGCUUAGGUUUGUACAGAUUUUGAGACCUCAAACUGGACUCCUCUUUUUUUUUUCUUUUUUUGCAAAUCAAUGAGACAUCUCAACCAGGCUGCUGCUGAGCUGCAUUGCUCUUUCUUCUGCUUUCUGAUCUCAAAACCUUAUGGACAUAAAUGGAACAACUCAGCUGGUGCUUUAGUUUUUAUUUCUGCUACAAACGCUGCCUCAAACCAGCCCCGUCAACAGUCCCAUCAAAGGACUCUUCAAAGCUUUAACAUUAUUACAGGUGAAACGGGAUAGGGGGUUGCCCGAACGUUAGCUGCUAAUGGAAGGGGUGCUGUUUUCAAGAGUCGCUCCAUUCCUUUAUCUCAGCUGUCUGUGUAAAAGAGAAAUCUAGAAAGAGCUGGAAUGUUCUUCGAAAGUUCGAGACACUUGAACAGAUGUGGAAUUUCUGGAUAAACAUUGUCCUCCGACAUUGGAACUGGGACAAGGGUAUUGGACAUCAGCAGAGGGACAUUCGAGAGACUGAUUGCUCUCUUUAAGUGGACUGGCGCUUGGCCUGUCACUCUCAAAUGGAGAAACGCAGAACUGUCUUGUGAAUGGUGGAUUGGCUGGCAAACAAAGUGUAUAUACCAGUUACAAUAAGCUUCUGUUGGACUGCAAUAGUUGUAAUGGCUAAGGAACAUUGGAUGUUUCACUGACCCCCUACUGUCAGAGGAUAAUCAGAAAUGGCAUUGUGGAUUUGUCAGUUGUUUCUAGUUCAUUGGGGUAGAGUUGCUAAUCCUGCAAAUGGCUGCUUUCCCCUCCAGACUCAGAUGACCACCUUCCUCUGCGUAAACUUAACCCGGUCAACUCAAUCACAACUGGAUUGAUUGCAUCCAAUCAACAAGAGAAAUAAAAUGAAUACGUCUCGCACACGAAACGUGGCGAGACUUAUCCCAGUCUGGGUUUAGCAUGAAAGGGAAGGGCUGUCUUGGCUCCGGAGCGCCCUCUUGCCCCAAGCAAGCUAACAAAGACAGGAUUCCAAAUGCAUACAAUAUGCAAGAGUUCCACCAAUUUUGGGAUAGAUUCAUUGGCAUCUAAAUGGAAUAAAUGGGGUCGAUGUCACCCCAGUGGCUUUUAAAUCAGUACGUCAGUAUUUUUGUAAGGGGGGAAUUCUUUUAAAUGCUUCGGUGAAACUUUUCUGGACUGUCUAUGCUCUUUGCAUCAGUUAAUGCGAGCCAAAACGAAAGAUCAUGGUCUGGUUUGGCUAGCCGAGAGAAUCCUCACGGAUUUCCAGAGAUACUACAAAGAGGAAUCAGGGAAACUUCAGUAAUAGUGUGUUGAUCAUAGUGAUUCAAAUCAUUUUGAUGUUCUUAAGGCAGGUUUUAUUUCGAGUCUUUGUCAAGCAGGACCCCUUGUGGCAUCUCUGUUGGCAUCUAUGUUGGAUGUUCUUGGCUGAAUUGAAGGCAACAGACCAACCCUACCGCUUUAGUGUUGUAAAGUCUUUUGGUUGUCAUUGUGCCACAUGCUUCACAGCUAGACUGAAGAAAUCCAGAUGUUACUAAUGCAAAAUAUGGAAUUUCUUGAUAGUUGCUUUGGCAAAGAAGCGUCUCCCAAGAACUUCAACAUAAAAAUUAAAGACUUUUGCUAAAACACCUUGCCCUCGAAUUCUAGAAGCUGAGUUAAGUUGUGCAUGGAUUUCUUGAGUCUAGUUUAGGAAUACGUCAUUUUUUGUUCCUUUAAUUACGAAGAAGCGGCUGAAUAAGACAAUUGUUCACGACUGUCUGAAUGCUAAUUGUUAAAGAAAACGUAAACCACCAGGUGCCGUUGUUAACCAAAAUGAACUACCUCUCUCAUUCACACGUUAUCAUUACAAAAUUUCAUGUUUGUUAUUAUGUUCUAGGUUUUUUUUGUUAAGAAACACUAAAUCCUUCACUUAUUUAUUUCUCGCCAACUCAAAUGCUGGACUGUUUACCUCAAUAAAUUAGCUUAGCCAUUAGCUUAGACGGUGAUCUACUGCCUGUCUGUUGGCCAAAACCCCAUUUCUUGGUGUGCUACAUGUCAUCGCUGUUAUGCUAACAUGUCAACCUGCAUAGGGAGAUGUUCCCACUAGCCUGAAUGCUAUUCUCUGUCAGUAUUUGCUCUUAAAGCAUUGACAACCAAGCUAGCUAAUCCCAAAAUAUGCUAAAUAAGCUAGCUAAUUUAGGUACAUUUUAAAGUGUUGUCUGCUUUUCCACGCUACCGUAAACAUACUUUCGUUUUUACAGUGAAGUAUAUCUGUGUAACACAUAUAAGAUAAUCGGGCAUUGCAGAUGUUUGCUUUGUAUUUUAAGUGUUAAAGUUUUCAUCUGUGUUUGAGCUAAUAACAUUACUGCCUGUUCGGCCUCUACCGCCCCCAUCUGCUUUAUUCUGUAUUUUUUCGCUGCCUCUCUUCUUGUCCCAGUGGCGUGUCCAUACAUAUCUGUGCAAUUUUUUUAAUUGUUUGUAUGGCUCUUGCAUUGUGUCUGACCGUUUUUUUUAGUGUCUGGUUCCAUUCGUGUUUUUACGGCAGCCUCUGGCUUAAUAGAUGACAAAUUAUAGUUUAGCAUUUAUGUGGUGGCAAAUCAAUUUUAGUGGUGAGGCCACCAUCUGGACACGCCUGUUGUCCUCUCUGUUUCUCCUUGAAGAACUGAACCAUUCCUCAAACAUGCAUCAUCUAAAUCCGCUUCUGUCCAAUAAACCCUCACUGUUGCCCUGAAGUCCGUCCUCUUACCUGUUAUCGCAGAAUAUCAGUGUCAUCUUUCCAUCCAUUAACCCCCUGAACUGCACCCACACACACAUACAGAUUCACCACCAGCAUUUACUUUACAGAUAAACUACUUUGUACUUUUGUUAUUUUGAAUUUGAAACUAAGAGACUGACAGAUUACCGCUAAACUUUUCACACUAUUCAAACGGGCGUCUCCAUGCUAGCUCAGUUAAAGAACCUCUGUGUGCCUACACCCCAAGGCCUUAUUUUGGGAACGUGACAGGUUUACAGCAUAAGUUUUAAAGCAGUUUGUGACGUUUUUCCCCAGUAUUCUUAAAUAAGAUUGUGGGCCAUAGUCGGACUGAGUACAAGUUGUGUAAAUAAGUCUUUGCAAAGACUUUGUGAAUAAAGAAUCGAUGGAUGACUUUAAGGCAAGAAACGUGUUCUAUGCAAGUAAGCAGACGCAAAUGCUUGGCCAACACAUUGCAAGUGCACAUUAGCAUGCGUUCUUGCGUUGCUGUGACGGUAGCCUCAGUCCUCACGAGGGCGAUAGAGUUUCCUUCAAAUGACUGGUAUUAAUCAGUUAGCUAGCUUUAAACAUGUAGAAAGUUUAAACAACUUUAACUUGCUCAGCAAGAUUCUCCUCCAGUUGUCGCUCUACUAUGGCACUAACCGUUGAAGAAAAACGUUUACGCAAUUGCUCACUAUAGUGGCCCUUGCAGCAAAGCUUUGCAUUGCAUCGUGAGUUCUGGUCUGACACAUUCAGAAACGAUAAUGCAUGACAUUGAGUUUGCAUAGCUAGAUGCGUUUGCAUUCAUAUACUUGCGUAGUGUAUGUUUCAGGCCCUGAACCGAAGAACCACAGAUGUGGUUGAAGGAGCAAGAAAUCCAGAUUGGAUUUUCAGUCUGGCUAUGGUUCUCAACUCUUAGAAUGACAGCAACCCAAAUGAAGGAAUGUUCUGGAUGGUUUAUCCGUGAUCCAAACACUCGUCUCAAACAGACUGUCCGAGAGAAAGCUCCUGGACUCAGGUGCCUUAAUUUGUUUUUAGAAACGUUCAUUCAGACAGGGUGGGAAGUCUUUGCAACACAUUACAUAUGCAUUUUUGUUUUACUACGAGGUGAAUUAUGAUGAUUGAUGACGUAGUUUGUGGUCUGAGACAAAAGCUUGUGUAAUUGUGACCUAAAGGCCAAGGUAUACUUCAUUUUUUCGCAUGCUGGCACAUUUUUUGAGUACAUAUACGUAUGCUCUUGCUGUCAGAAGACUAUUGUUUUAAAUGCUGAGCGCUCGACCGCACAGAAAGAUAAAGUGUAUCCUAACCUUCAGACAGAGAAAAUCUACUCUCUAUAUCACUGAUUAAUUACAUAAAUUGCUUGGUAACAGGUGUUUUUAAAGGAGAUCUAAAACUGUCAGAGAAUUGCAAAAAAGGCCUGAAAAAUUUAGUCACCCUCAGACAGUCGACAGAUAGUGAAUUUUGCAGACGCCGAUAAAAGAUUAAUCGGCCGAUAGUUUUUAAAAAUCUGUUUAUAUAACGAUAAAAGAUUUCUUUGUCUUUUCCAUAACAUGGGACUUUUUACUAUAAAAAAGCUUGAAAUACACCAGGGACUCUUAUUUUUAAAUGAUGGAGACUUAUAAAUAAAAAAAAUUAAAAAACUAUCGGCAGCUAGUUCCAAAAAGCAACUAUCGGAACCAAUUAAUCGGUAAAACCGAUAUAUCGGCCUACAUCUAUUCCAGACCUGUAUUUGCUUUUAGGCUGAGCUUCUGUUUUCCAUACAAUGAAAGUUAAAGGUAAUUUAUACUGCCAAGCUCCAAAAAGGACAAAAUAAGUACCAUAAAUGUGUUAUAAAAACACUGUAAACGUAUCAUAAAAGUGAUCAAUGGGACUUUAGCUUUGUGCAUGUGAAAUGGCAGUAUAAACCACUUUCAUUGUAUGUAAAGGAGAAGCUCGGACAUUCUGCUUAACAUCUUUCAAUAAGUUUGAUGGGAAAACAAAAAUAAUACAGGUUUGGAACCCCAUGAGGGUGAUUUAUAUAAUGACAGUUUUCAUUUUGUGGAUGAACUGAUAUUCCAAUUCCAAUGUUAAGCUCAACCGACAGCUUUGAGACUUUUCAUGCAGAAAGCAUCUUCUAAAAAAUAAAAAAAAAUCUCAUUAAUAAAAAUGGCUUCUUUCAGAUCUCUUAAUAGUUCUGAAGUGAAGCCCUAGACACUCAGGGCACCUCUUCGGUGGUGGAUCAUUGUUUGGAUCUCAGAUAACCCAAUAUGACUUUCCAAAACCCAGAAACACACGUCAUGUCACAAACACACUAGACGUUUUUAUUAUUAUUAUUAUUAUUAGAGAAUCUAUAAAAAGCUCAAAACACUAAUGGUGUAGAGUUAGCAUUGAGUUUCGUUCUAUUCAAUGUGUCAGUCAUCAUAGACUUGAUUUGGUCUGUAUGUUUUUCCACACAAGGCAGACAGUGCUGCCAUUGUGUCCCUGUCUCAUUUGUUGAUGUCUUCUUUUCCCUUGAAUGUCCAUUACACAUUUAUUUUGUGCAUUGUAUGUAGUAAAUAAGAUGUUUUGGGAAAAAAAUCACAAAUAAACAGCUGUACAUACCGAUGCAAA